AUGCUCUCCUACGUUCUUCUCCUUUUGUGUUCUCUCUCCAUCUUCUCUUCUGCUCUACCGUCUUGCCCGUCUCUUUGCGAAUGCGAUCAAAACGAGUCAUCGUGGAACGUCUACUGUCGGAAGGCGAUCAUCAAUGACACUGUCUAUGCGGAUAUCCUCAAUCAGUUGCCACUGACUCUCCGUUCUCUUCACAUUCAGGUUCGUACCAAUGUGUCCAGAUAACAUCUAUUGCGAAACUUUGUCGCUCUCCAUCAAAAUCUAAUCCCUAUUUUGCAUAAAAUAACCUCUUUUCUUGUUCCAGCCUCCGUCAAAUCGUGCCGGUUCAAACAAACUAAGAUGGAAUGACAACAUCAACCGAUUUGCGCAACUCCGUGUGCUCCGCCUCGUCAACUGUCAGAUCCCGGCCAUGUCCCGUUCCAUCCGCCUUCCUUCGCUUGAAGUUUUGGACCUUCGCUUCAACAACAUUGAGCACGCCACCAUGAGCAACUUCGGGGGAAUGCCCAAACUGAGAGUGCUCGAUCUUUCCUCCAAUCAUUUGAACAUUCUCCCGACCGGAGUAUUCACCUAUCUCCGAUCUCUUCGCUCUCUAACGCUGUCCAACAACUCGAUCACCGACCUUUCCACCAAUUUGCUGCGUGGUCUGAACUCGCUUCGAGCGCUCCGUCUCGAUCGGAAUCUCAUUCCCAUAGAGCAGAUCAAUGAUCUAUUUUCCGACGUUUCCCAGUUGGACGAACUCUAUCUCAACCACUGCAACCUCUCCUCCAUUUCCGCCCUCGCUCUUGACCGUAUCCCCCAACUCCGUCAUUUCGGAAUCGGAGGAAACGAACUGAGAAUGGUGCCGACAAAGGAUCUGCAGUCUCUGUCCCAUCUGACGAUUCUUGAUCUUUCCCACAAUUCCAUUCAAGAGAUCACGGCUUGUGCAUUCUGUGCCAACAACCUCUCACAGUUGGAUCUGUCUCACAACCUGCUCGGUAUUUCCAAGAACUCUCCUUUUCACAUCGAUGCGUUCCGGAACAUUCCUCUCCGUCAUCUCGACAUUUCAUUCAAUCACAUGAAUGAUUUUGAUUCCAAAUGGCUCGGAUGGGCUCAGGACGAGCUCACAUCUCUAGCUCUUUCCGGAAACUUCAUCAAGCGUGAGUUGUCUGAUUUGCCACUUCCAAUCAUUUCCUUGUUACUUUCAGACUUCGAAGAGGCCCUCACUCACUCGCUCAAGUCUCUUCUACAUCUCGAAAUGGCAUUCAAUCACAUUCCGUAUAUUCCGGUUCAACUUCCCGCCCGUUAUUAUCACUUGCUCUCACUGAACGUGUCUGGAAACGAGCUCUCGUAUCUGCCGGACAACAUAAACACUCUGCUUCCAAAUGUGAAAGUAUGUCCGUCUCUCAUUCUAUACGAAAUCUGAGGUGCUCUUUGCUAGGAGUGCACACGCAUGUCAUUCGAAACCAUCCUCGUUUCUUUAGACACUCGACAUCUCCGCCAACCAAUUCCACACCUUCUCACACACAGAUUUGGCCUUUCUCAACAAUGUUGAACAAGUGUUUUUGGAUGGAAAUCCAUGGGACUGUUCGUGUGCCAUUCAAGGACUUCAGGUAAUCGCUUCGUUCGAAAAAAGGACUGUCCAGUCGACUUUAAUGACUUCAUUUCAAUGGUGUCUGUCUGCAGGUGCACAUGCGGGAUCGUUAUGCGAUGCGACACAUUCUCAACUAUGAAAACGUCCGAUGCGCGACGCCUUCGCUCGUCGAAGGUCACUCGGUUCUGGCCAUUACCGACGUAAGACACUUCCCUUUUCGUUCCCAAACUUAAUUUCGAUUCCAAAUUGCUUUUAGGUGAACGACUGUGCAGUCCUUUUCGGCGCCCGAUAUGGCCUCACUCAGACCAGCGAGAUGCUCAUUCUGCUGGCAGGAGUCCUUCUGUUCGCUGCCCUCCUCCUCUUCAUCCUGGGAUGCAUCUACUUUUUCCGCGAGAGACAGUACAAAGGAUCGUACGUGACUCGUGAGCACUCGCGAACUCCUCUCACUAUGGCCAACACUCACAGUUGCUCAUCGAGCACGAAUGACACCCACGGACCCCUGUCCCCGCCGUUUGAUCCUUUCCUCGUGAGUACCGAGACGUUCAAAGCGACUCCCCCACUCAUCCCACCAGCACCUCCGAAGCCGGGAUCCUCUUAUUUCGGGAUCUGA